CUCACGAAGACCUCCAAGCAUAAAAGUAUAUAAUAACAAAAUCAUUAUUAAUUACUAGAAAUAGCGCUGUCCAGUCUCCUGGAGAAGUAGGGUCUACGGUUGCCUAAGUCGCGGUAAUAGUUGAUUACAGACGCAUUUAUUAAAGUCCGUCGUUUUCCGUCUUUUUUUUUUCCCGUUAAUUAGAGUCACCACGCGAUCGAGGAACCACGCCCCGCCAUCAACAGCAGAUAAUGCAGCAAGAAACGCAACCCCACACAGACCCUGCUUCACACGACACCGACACUAUCGAGACCGCACCACCAUCAGUGGAUACGCCACGGGAUGGUGAAGGGUCCCAGGAUGCCAACCACGCCCCCAGUCCGUCCUUUACGCCCGUCGAGGAGACACCGGGGAGCCCUGUCGUGUCACGAGAACCGGAACCGUACCCGUACAUGGAGCCGCAACCACCAUAUAUCGGAGUCAUCCCGGUCAAUCAGCUCACCGGGGAACAACCCCAGUGGAUCGAAUGCCCCUUUUGUCAGCAAACGGCCCUGACCAGAGUCAGCAAGGAGGGCUCAAGGAUGCAAACUGUUGGCGUCGUGCUCUGCUGCAUCUUCUGCGUCCUCUUUACACCCCUCCCGUGCCUAUGCGGUUGGUGCGAGGUGUUGAACUAUUACUGCUCAAACUGCAACAACAAGUUGGCCACCCGGCGAGAUAGAUACGAACCCCUCUUGGUGCUCGCCCCGGCCGCCAAGAAGCCGUCCUAGGCCCGCCCCGGGGUGACCCCCGGGGACGGUAGGAGUUGUCGCUCCUAGGCAGGGACACGAUAUAAUGGACAUUUUAGGUCUACCAUCCUGCUUGGUUAGAAACCCGAAGAGCAAUAUUCAGCACGGAAAAUGGCAUGUGGAAUUGUAUGUAUGUACGGAUUGCACAUCCGUACAUAACGAUGGAGGCCAAGGGUGAUUGUUAGGUUAGGUGCUUUUUUGUUCUUUGGGGAUCGGUUCUCGUUUGUAUAGGAUAUCCAAAACAUUGGAUAUUUAGGUUGAUUUCAGAGUAAUUAAUUACUGUUUGGCUUCUUG